UGUGACGUAGCGCAAUGAACCUUGGGUAUUGUGUGUAUGAUUUGUUUUAUUUUAUGUUACCAUUGUGACGUUGUGCCUUGAAUAAAAGAAUAUUUCAGCAUUUUGUGGGGGAUGUCACUGUGGCGCACCGCAAUAGCAGGAACUUUGUGUAUACUACAUGUAUGGUAGUCGUGCGACUGAUAAUAGAGCCCUGUUGUACUUACGUCCACUGCAUCAAAAUGGCGCCCGGUAAUAUGCCAUGCUCGUUUUGGUGGCGACUUAUUGGCGUACUUUUCUGGUUAAAUAGUGUCUACAGUCAGGCAACCUAUAGUGUAAGACUUGUGAAUGGUCCAUCGCCCAGUGAAGGAAGAGUAGAGAUUUUGUACAAUGGCCAAUGGAACACCAUCUGUGAUAAUUACUGGAAUCUUGAAGAAGCACAGGUUGUUUGUCGUCAGCUUGGCUAUAGCACCGAUAAUGUCGUGGCAAGGAGUUUUGCCUACUAUGGUCAAGGUUCAGGACCGAUUCAACAAGUCCAGUGCUCUGGUUGGGAGUAUACCUUGGCGUCCUGUACUCUGACUUCAGGUUACGCAUGUGGCCAUUAUGAGGAUGCAGGAGUAAGAUGCGGUAGCGACAUUUUCACAACCUUUGAUCCAUUUCCAUGGCCAACGAUAACCACAGGCGCUGGAAUCUAUAACGUAAGGCUCGUGGACGGUCCAUCGCCCAGAGAGGGAAGAGUAGAGAUUUCAUACAAUGGCCAAUGGAACACUAUCUGUGAUGAUACCUGGAAUCUUGAAGAAGCACAGGUUGUAUGUCGUCAGCUCGGCUAUGACACCGAUAAUGUCGUAGCAUGGAGUUCUGCCUACUAUGGUCAAGGUUCAGGACCGAUUCAACAAGUCCAGUGCUCUGGUUGGGAGUAUACCUUGGAUCAAUGUACUCUGUCUUCAGGGGAUUCCAUAUGUGGCCAUUAUGAGGAUGCAGGAGUAAGAUGUGGAACAUCAGGAGCAUCUCCUCGGGUAAUCGGAUCAAUGUCAUUCGUCGGAGUGUCCUUGUUUCUCCUAACCAUCAUCGCCAUAGUUGCUGUUGUGUUCGUGUGCAGUCAACAGAAGAUUUCCCCUUCAGCAGCUAUGGGAAUGCAAGAGUUAACUACUCUUACCACUAACCCUGCACCUCAACCAGCAUCAACCACACCCAUGCCUGCACCCGUCUGCGUCGAUGUACCUGUUUAGAUGAUGGACAGAAACCCACGUUUGCUUAUUAGAAGAUUCCGACUGCCAUUCUAAAAGGUGUGCCUCACAAUUGUUUUCAGUUUUUCCUUGUGAUUGCUCUCAGUUGUAUAUACUUAUACAUUCAAAAUAAUCCAGUAUGUUAUUGUAAAUGUUACUGCUAUCGUUCCAUGGUUUCAUUAGAAUCUGGUUAGAUGUGUUAAGAGUAUUUGGAUACAGUCUGACAACUUAAAUAAUAAUUGUAAUGCCACAAAAUAUAUAUAUAUAUUCAGUUGAAUAUUUUUUAGAUGGUAAAUGGUUAAAUAAAUGUUUAUUUAAAGUAUAUAUUGUAAAUAAAUCUGCUGAGCUUCUCAUUUAUAUCUUACUUUUAUUGUAGAAUACUAUCUAUUAAAGGAUGUUUUACAUUUCAAAAAAUUUGAUAUAUCUCGCGCAAAUAUUAUAUAUUCAAAUCAUGCGUAGCCCGUUAAACAAAAUAUCUUUCAAACGGUGUUCAAUCAUGGAUUAAUAAUUGUGCCUUAUUGCUCAAUCAGUUAUUCAAAUCACAUGCGCGAUCUUCCACAGAGUAGAUUUUCAUAAUGUCAAUUUCUUUUAAAACUUGUUAUGUUCUAUCAUAUUUGCCUUUACCCUCAUUAUGUAUUCGGUUACAAAUUAUAAUUGCUUAUCAUGAUUCAUGAACAUGAUCAUUGGAAAAAUGCCUCCAAAAGAAUCAAAAGGAACACACGUCAGUGUGUAAGUAUUGUUACUGUAAGCCAUCGCUUGAAAUAAUUCUUGUACUGGAUUAUGAAUUAUCAUGGAAAGCGCGUGAUAGAAUGAUAAUAACGAUUGCCGUAGUAAUUUACAGUAGUAUGCUGCAAUACUUGAUUAAAAGUGCGCUAAAUACUUUUUUAAUAUUAUAUCUUCUCAUUUGAAUAUAUUCUAUAUGAUUUAGGGAACACCGUCUGUUGCAGUCACAAUGGCGUUGAUCCAUAUUACUUUGAAAUUGUGCUAACGCCCUUGCGACCCCAAACAGACGUCAUGUUAAAAUAUCGUUGUACAGUGUGUCGCACGUUUUAAAUCACAACAAAAUGUGACGUAUUCAAUAGCCAUAUGCAUUAUCAAUAAUAAAACAUGACCUGUACUUUUCCUAUUUUCUACUUUUAUAAACUUUAUAUAGUAUCUAUACAUUUCAAUAUACUGUAACUUCCUUUGUUAAUAAUCAUGAUUGUUAAUAAAGCGAUAUUUAAACGUGUUUAUAUAUCAAUAUUCUUCAUUCAUUCACGGUCGCCUCAUGUUUCUUUCCCUUAACUCAAAUAUAAAGAAUAUUGUCAUUAAUAAAAACAUAAUUCAAGUGGAUGGGCCGUAUUACUAUUAUUAAAAUAUUUAUUCUUCAAUUUAGACAUUAGCAAAGCCAUAUACUCAGUUAAAUAAUAUUAAUACCAGACUAUGCGAUUUGUCCAUGUUUUAUAGUCGGGGAAUUCCCUAGAGUAGACGUUCGAAUAACUUUUGUUUAUAUAACUU